AUGGCGCCCAAUCAGAAAGUCAACGUCCAUGCAACUCUGUCCAUGGGAGCCCAGGAGCCAAACAAGAUAGAAACCAAAUCCAGUCAAGCUUUAUCUGUCAAAGAAGACUGCAUAUUGGAAGACGAAACGGGCACAAUGGAACUCCAUAUAUGGGAACCGUUAUUUACACAACUGAAAAGCAAUAAGGCCUAUUAGUAUGUGUAAUAGGACUAAAUGCUGUCCAGUUUGGAAAUAAUUGGAUGAAAAAAAUUCCGAGGAUAGCCAAAAUUGGACGAGGCCGUAGGCCGAGUCCAAUUUGGCUGUCAUAGGAAUUUUUUGAAUCCAAUUAUUUCCAAAUUGGACAAGCAUGUAGUCGUCUUACUUAUUAAUUAUAUAGCUAGUGAGGAAAUACAGCUUCGCAAGGAAAACUAUGGGAACUGUCUCUGAUAAAAAACAGACUGAAAUCUUAAUAAUUGUUUAAUUUUAAUUCAUUUUUAAAUACAUGCUGUAGUCCAAAUAGAAAUGAAUUUCAUUAUCACAAUUGAAUUAAUAAAUAUAAUAAAUGUAACAAUACUGUAAAACUUUAAGGUCAAAAAAUUUAGAAUUUCAUUAUUUUGAAACUAUCCAGUUUUCAAUAUCAAGAAAUAAAAGUGUGUAAAGAAAUAACACACACACAAUAAAGAUGGAAAAGAUUAAGAAAAGAAUCAAUUAACAAAGUGCAGAAAAAAUAAAAUUAAUUAUUUUAGUCUGUACAAAACACGCACGCAUUAAAAAAGUGCAAAACUACAAUGAAUACAAGAAAGGUGUAAAUUUAAAGUUUUUGUACAGUCAGCAAUAGCUAGUCCUCAUCUGAGUCUGAGAGUACAGAAGCUCUGAUCCUUUUCCAUGUACGUCGUGGCUCUGUGCUUUGGUGAGUUGGCACUGGCAUAUUAGAUAGACCUGGAAAGCCAGGAAAUGCACCAUUGAAAUUCACUGUACCUGUAAAGUUGUUGAUGGUACUGAAACUGUUGCUGGAAGAACUGUCAGGACUGGUUAUGAUGCUGAAAUCUUCCACCAUCAUUGAAUAGUGCUCUUGUCUCCCUCGGAGGCCAAAGUGUUCUGUGACAUUUUUAAAGUUUACAUUGACAGAGCUUGAGCAGAAUGUUUACCGAGCUGACCUGACUGCCAGAGGAAUUCUUCGCCUUCUUCAUUCAAAGCGUGAGAUGUCUGGGUAACUUUAAAAUGGAAAUAAUACUGUUUUGCAAUGUAUGAAUUUUAGUCUCUUUAUAUACUGGUAGUUUACUUAACUAUUUGUGUGUGUUUCUCUGUUUUCUUUGUUCUUGUGUCCCUGACCUAAACAUUUAAACAUCUUUUCUUUUAACUGGCUGCCUGGCAUUUUUAACUCUUAGGUUAUUUCGGGCAGCCAGCGCCCCUAUCAUUGUCUGUACUAUUGUUAUAAAUUUUUAUUUCUUGUAUAUUUGGGGUGAAAUAAAGUGUUGUUGUUGUUGUUGUUGUUGUUGUUGAUGCAUUUUUUCGCUUUCCGUAACCCUUCACUCUCAAUUCUCUUGCUUUCGCCUGAAGUUGUUGCCUUGACUUUUCAAAUUCGCGGUCUCGCAAGAUGCUGUGUUUUUUGCCAGCGUUUUUUAAAUGGCGGUCCAACGCGCUCUGCAUCACUGCCAGACUUUCUGGUUCAUAUUCGCCGCCGUCUUUUUUUCGAAUUUCGGCAAAGAAGCGGCAGAGAAUUGCAUCUAGCUCUUCUGGAGGGAUAUCUUCAAAACAUCUCGCUUCGUUACGCAGGAGUUUCCACUCGUUGAAAACGUUCAGUCACGUUUUUGUGCUCUUGGCGGUGUUUGAGUUUUCGUUUCUGCUUCUAAGAGUAUUAAUUUCCUCUUCCUGCAACCAUGGAAAUCUCUCAUUUGUGUUAGAACUGCUAAAGAUGGAAAAAUUUGGCAAAUUUUCUUCACUGAAUUCCUCCAUGUUGUCAACAACAAUGGCGACCUGUCCUUCUUUCAGUACUGACGUUUGCUCACUGCUGUUUGGUUGGUUUCACAAUCCAUUGUUUUUUCUCGGAUUUCAUUGGCUGAAACAAACUGUCCUAUUUUUUCCCAAACAGGACAGUUUCUGCAUUUUUACUCAAAUUCCAUAUAGAAAACUGUCCAAAUUAAAUCCCAAAUUGGACAGUUCUGAGAAAUUAAAGGAUAAUAGCCGUGCUGACAAUACUGGAUUAACUGACUGCUAUAUAAUUACUUUCAAAACCUCACACUACGGUAUUAUCAAGGAUCAAAAUUCCUUAGCACCAACAGGAAUACAACUUACAGUGAGGAAACCACAACUCUCAAAAAAUUAG